GGGAGGCGGCGGGGGGGGGGAGCGGGUGCGAUAGGAAUGGUUGGAAGGGGCUGGAGAGGGCGGCGCUGAGCGCGCGGGAGGCGGGGCCGCUGGCGCGCCCAGGCAGGCCUGAUCCGCUACCCUGUGUGGCAGCCCGCCGGUCCUGCCGCCUCAGCUCGGCCGUGUGCUGCCCGGGAUGGGGCGCAGGGGCCGCUGUUGCUGCUGGCCGAGCAGCCGCCCGCUUUGAGGCCGGGCCGGGCUGGGGCCGGGGGAGCCGCCGUGCCGUCCCCUGAGCCGCCCGGCCCGGGCGCCGAGAGACAGCGGCACCAAGAGCGCACGGCGCGGCCGGGAACGAGCCAGGAGUAGGCUCAGUGCCUGGGCCAGAGCCCCCUACGCUGUGCUCCCCCGAUGCUGGCCGGCCUGUGCCCAGAAGAUGAGCAGAUUGCUGGUGGGGGUGACCCUGGAGAGGAUCUGCAAGGCCGUACUGCUCCUUUGUCUAUUGCACUUCCUCAUCAUCAUGAUCCUCUACUUUGACGUCUACGCCCAGCGCCUGGACUUUUUCAGCCGCUUCAAUGUGCGCAACUCCUCUCGCACUCUGCCCUAUGGCAAUGCGUCUCGGCCUAACAGCACUGCCGGGCCUCUGGGCCCUGAGCUCUUGGCCCCAAGUGCCAAGUCUAUCAGCGGCAAAAGCACCAUCACCGAGAAGCCCUUACCACCCUGCCCAGAGAUGCCUCCUGGCCUAGUGGGCCGUCUCCUUAUUGAGUUCAGCUCUCCCAUGAGCAUGGAGCGGGUACAGCGGGAGAACCCGGAUGUGCGGGAGGGUGGCAAGUACUCACCCUUGGACUGUGUGCCUCGCCAGAAGGUGGCCAUCCUCAUUCCCUUCCGGCACCGUGAGCACCACCUCAAGUACUGGCUGCAUUACCUGCACCCAAUCCUUCGACGUCAGAAGGUGUCGUAUGGCAUCUAUAUCAUUAACCAGUUCGGUGAAGACACCUUCAACCGAGCUAAGUUGUUGAAUGUGGGUUUCCUGGAAGCCCUGAGAGAUGAUGAGAGCUUCGAUUGCUUCAUCUUCAGUGAUGUUGACCUUGUGCCCAUGGAUGACCGGAAUCUCUAUCGCUGUUAUGAUCAGCCCCGGCACUUUGCUGUUGCCAUGGAUAAGUUUGGUUUCCGGCUACCAUAUUCUGGUUACUUUGGAGGUGUCUCUGGCCUGAGCAAGACACAGUUUCUGAAGAUCAAUGGCUUCCCUAAUGAGUACUGGGGCUGGGGUGGGGAAGAUGACGACAUCUUUAACCGGAUCUCGCUCAAUGGUAUGAAGGUGUCACGCCCUGAUGCCCGCAUUGGGCGCUACCGCAUGAUCAAGCAUGAGCGUGAUCGGCACAAUGAACCAAAUCCCCAGCGGUUCACCAAAAUCCAGAAUACCAAGGUGACCAUGAAACGUGAUGGCAUCGGCUCACUACAGUACCGCUUGGUGGAGAUGUCUCGCCGUCCCAUGUACACCAAUGUAACUGUGGAGAUUGGCCGCCCACCACCACGCCCCCCUCGGGGCUGACUCUUUUGCUGCCUGGCCCUGCCCAUGGCCCCAUGCAUGAGGAGCUAUGUGGAUCCCAGCCCUGACUGGUUCAGAGGACUGUGUCCUGGCUUGGAGGACCUGUUUGCCUCCUUUUGUGGGGAUGGGGUAAAGGCCCAGACUACAUCUCUGCCUUGCCCCAGCCGUUGGCUGAAGCCCACCUCCUUAUCUCUAGUCAGUUCUCUACAGUGCUCUUCAGAGGUGGGGAAUGAAUGUGAGUGUUUCGUGGUGCCUGGCUCAGUGCUGGGGUUUGGGGUGUACUGAAGCCCUAUUCUUGGUUGGAAGGUGCCAAGAGCAGAAGAAGCCUUGAGCAGUUCCUUGACCCCUCCCGAGUCUCAGCCAGAGCCCACCCUCUCCCUGAAUUUUGCAGGGCCCUUAAGGAUUCCAGAAGUACAGUGGUCGUGGUCGUCUUCUUUCAGCCUGCAAGACCGCUGCCUUCCAGGGCAAGGUCUUCUCUUAUGACGACUGCCGGCUCACACGGUGUACGGAUGGUUCACUUGUGCCCAGGUGAGGAGAGCUCCGUCGCAGUAGAAGCUCUAAUGGGUCUGGCCACUGCCCACCUCCAUUCAUGGCUUGGUGCUGUCCCCUGCUGGGCCCUGGAUGUCACCUCUGGCUCCAGGAACACAGGGGUGUUUUAUACAAACCCUCAUUCGAAUACUUGAGUGCUUCCUCGGUUAGUGUGACAUGUAGCCUGUCUGGCGGGGGGGCAACAAGGCACCUCUUCCUAGCAACAGUUGCUCCUUGGCCUGUGAAUGGGGUGAGUUGGUUGGGCAGUGCUGUUGCACCUCUCAGUAGGGGCAGAUUCAGGAUGGUGUGGUCUGGCCUACUCCAGUGCAGGCUCUUCAUUUUCAUAGGCAUGAAUGGGCCUGCGGCCAUUGCUACAGAGCUGAGGAAGGAGAAGUUGAUUUUCCUGUGUGUCUUCGCUGAUCCGCUAUCUCAGUGCCCAACCCCUACUCACCAAGCAAUCCUCCCCAUCCCUACACCACUUGCCAAGCAGCCUACCCUCAACCACUCAUGCUGCCCUCCUUGCUGAGCUGCCAUCUGCCACCACCUCAGGCCUGGUCCCUGGGUCUGACAGUCUGCUCGUGACUCAUGGCGGUCCUGUGCCUAGUAUCUGGAGUAGGAAGCCACGGGUGUCCCUCGAUUCUGGUUAUGGUGCCUGGGAGGUAGAAUCUCCUGUGUCUGUCCACUUUGGGGUGGCAGCUGGGCCAGGCUUGAAGCCAGGCAUCAGUGUGUUGCAGAGCCCCGGUGUUGGUGACUUUUGUACAUUUGAAUGUUUUGAUCCCUUUUCAAGCCUAUGGUGAAUGCAGCACUGGUCACUAUGAUCAGACUUUUGUAUUCAAUAAAGUUUCAAGACUUG